AUGGGGGGCAGCAGGAGGGGGCGCUCAGGGCUGGGCUGGCAAGGGGCCUGCGCACUGACUGCCCUCCUGCUCUGGCUGCACCUCCCACCGCUGCGCACCCAGACCAUGCUGUCCAAUCAAAACAACCAGAACCUGAAAGAAGGGCUGGUGUCUGGGAAGCGGGCACCUCAUGACUCACAUUGUCCUCCCACAGUAUGUGGGAAGACUGGAAAAACCGGGAGAAUCUAUGGAGGAACGAGGGCAGAGCCAGAAUGGUGGCCAUGGCAGGCCAGUCUGCUUCUAAAUGGCCGCCACAUCUGUGGAGCCUCCCUCAUCGCCAGCAACUGGGUGGUAUCCGCAGCUCACUGCUUCCAAAGGUCCCUAAAUCCGAAAGACUACCACAUCCUGCUGGGGUACAACCAGCUCAGCAAGCCCACCAACUUCAGCCGGAAAAUGUCCGUCAGUAAGGUCUUCGUCCACCCAGACUAUGAGAAGAAGCACCGCUUUGGGAGCGACAUUGCCUUGUUGCAGCUGCACCGGCAGGCAGCCUUCAACUCGCACAUCCUCCCUGCGUGCGUCCCAGAGGCCAACCUACAUCUCUAUGUCGAUACUGCCUGCUGGAUCAGUGGCUGGGGGAUGGUCACUGAGGAUGCUUUUCUACCCCACCCCUUCCAGUUGCAGCAGGCCAAGCUCUUCACCAUGGAAAACCAACUGUGUAGUUCGUUUUUCCCACCUCCACCGAACGCCAAACCAUCCGACAUUGUGACAGUCCAUGAAGAGAUGCUCUGUGCUGCGGACUUCCGGAAUCCCCCGUCCAUCUGCAGAGGAGAUUCAGGGGGUCCUCUGGUCUGCUUCCUGAACAACUCCUGGUUCUUGGUGGGAGCAACGAGCUGGAGUGCUCCAUGCUAUCCACCCAUCACACCCAGCGUCUUCACCAGGAUCUCCUACUUCUUCAACUGGAUCAAAGCCACCCAGGCGGCCACACCCAACGCUGACCUUGCCACAGCCCCUCCUGAAGAAAAGGCCCCCGCACUGACCACCAUGGGUGGCAAGGGCACCAUCCUCAGGCCAAGAAUCUUUUUGGUGUUGCUGUCACCUGCAACCCUGCUGCUGCUGCUUCUCCUCCAGAGCCUGUGAUGGGCUGACCCCACCUCCCCACAGAGCCUCCACCCCAAGCCCUGACCCUCCAUAUGCGGCUCCAUCUCAUGGUCCUCCUGUCCAGCAGGGGUCAGCAGAAGUAAACCAAGUCAAGAAACUUCUCA